AUGGAGAAGUCCGGCGUCGACGUCGAGAUGGAUGGUGGCUCCUUCGCCGAGCGCGCUCCGCAAGCGCAGAAGGACUGGCACUAUCAGCACAAGUGGUCCAGGACGUUGCUCCAGUGGGGUUUGGAGACCAGAGGUAUCACCCCAGUCCCUGCGAGCGAGCGUGUUGAUACGCAGUACAACAAGAUCUUCUUCAUCUGGCUGUCUGCCAAUAUGAAUAUCCUGUCGUUUUCUGCUGGGACGCUUGGGCCUGUGAUCUUUGGCUUGGGUCUCCGAGAUUCAUGUCUAGUCAUCCUGUUCUUCAAUCUGCUCUGCAGCGCUUUGCCAGCGUACUUCUCAACAUGGGGACCCAAGCUUGGACUGCGACAGAUGUGCCAAGCUCGUUAUAGUUUUGGGUAUUUUGGAGUGAUCAUACCCAGCGUGUUCAAUCUAUGCUCCAUGAUGGGCUUUUGUAUUCUUAACUGUAUACUGGGAGGACAAACCCUCUCAAGCAUAUCCAACGGUCAGCUUAGCUGGAGCGUCGGAAUUGUAGUAAUAGCUGUCAUAUCUCUCCUUGUCUCGUUCUGUGGAUACCGUGUUCUCAACUGGUUUGUGUAUGAACGAAUUGUGUGGAUCCCCGUCCUCAUCGUCUAUCUGGUAGCCCUAGGUGUAGGCGGAAAGCAUCUCACCAACCCCCCACCAUCCGAGCCUGCAACUGCACCUGCUGUGCUGUCAUUUGGAGCCACCAUCGCGGGAUUCGUCAUCACGUACUGCGCCCUCGGCUCCGACUUCACGAUUUAUUACACCCCUUCCGUGCCAAGCUGGAAGAUUUUUAUGUGCUCGUACCUAGGAUUCAACAUCCCCAUUAUUCUGCUACAAUGCUUAGGCGCCGCAGUCAUAGUCUCUACCCCUUUGGUCCCUGCCUGGGAAGCGGGGUACGAUGGAGGAAAUGUUGGUGGCCUCGUCGAAGCCAUGCUUCAACCCACAGGAAACUUCGGCAAAUUCCUCACGGUUCUCAUGGCUCUGAGUGUCACCGCGAACAUCGCGCCAACUUUCUACUCGUUCAGCCUCAGCUUCCAAGUGUUCAUCCCAGCACUUUCCAUCAUCCCUCGCUACAUGUUCUCCAUUCUCGCCACCGCCAUCCUCAUCCCAAUCUCGAUCAUUGGCGCACACAAAUUUUACGACGCCCUCACCAACUUCUUAGGCCUGAUCGGAUACUGGGCAAGCGCGUUCGGUGCUGUCGUUCUCGCCGAGCACCUGCUUACCCGCCACGGCGACUUCACGGCGUACAACCUCAGGCAGUGGGAUAAUCCCCGCGCGCUUCCGCCCGGCCUCGCGGCCCUUGGGGCCUGUGCGCUGGCAUGCGCUCUGAUUGUGCCGUCCAUCGACCAAGUGUGGUUCAUCGGGCCCAUCGCGGGGAAGACCGGCGACAUCGGGUUCGAGCUCGCGUUUGCGAUGGCAGGGAUUUGCUACAUCCCCCUGCGGUUGCUGGAGCUGCGUUUCAAGCCGCUGGAGUAG